UUAGCAGGUGCGCGGAACUCUUCCAAAAAGGAGGUGUGAUUUUCGGAAGGAGAAAUGGCGAACAGGAAGUGGAAUUUUUAGAGUUACCGCCCCUGUGUUAUUUUUUCGCCAUGUGAUAACUUGACAGCAGAAACGAUGAUAAAACAUUCAACAUAACGGAACAGCAACAGUCUGCCAACAUGUAAGGUUGUAUGGCUCGAGACUUUCUGGAGUCUUUGUUGUAUUUCGAGAUGGAGCAGGCUGCAUCAGCGCGAGGCAGUCAGCAGGCCCCGGGGAAACCCGACCCAGCCUAUGGCAGCGAUGGCGGGGGAGAGGGGUUCUUCAACCGUGGGGGGUGGGGAAACUGGGGCCGAGUAUUCUCCAGCUUCAUGGAAGUGAUUCCGUUCGGUGGGGCUAAGCGGAAGAGUGUUGAGGUUCCGGAGGCGGUGGAUAUCAGUGCCACGGGGGUGGAGUUUGGGGACGACAUUGAGAUGGCUCACUUCGGCCACGUGGAGCUAUUGGUGAAGGGACACGAUUUCGUACUACAGCAGCUGUCCAAUCCAACAUGGUGUGACGAGUGCGGAGACUUCAUCUGGGGACUGUACAAACAUUGUCUCCGCUGUAAAUGUUCUCUUGGUUUCUUUCAAUCUGCAGUUGUAAGGAACAAACUCUCAGAUAUAGGAGGACAAUUAAAUGAACAGUACAGGAAUUUCUGUGAAUUAUGUCCACGUUGUGAGAAGAACGAGGUGGUACCUCGAGAGCUGGGAGACUUAAUUUGUCUGGCUGAUGGGCUGAUAUCACAGAGAGAAGAAAUAUCCCUCCCAGAGGAACAUCAGAGAAACAGAGGAGAGAGAAACCUACUGGAUGUGUCACUCUCUCUUGCUAAGCCUCAAGAUUUGUUGGAUUUUCGGGUGUUGAAAAAACAAGAGCUGGAGGCGGGAGGAAGCAGCCCCGAAUGCCGACGACGUAAACCCAGACAAAACACGGCAGAGGCUAGAAGGAGCAGACUCAGUUCAGAUCAGUUAAUGGAGUUCUUCAACAGCGAUGAAAAUUUCCAGGAGUUUGAGAGAGUGUUUGAGACAUUUAAAAGUAAAAGGUUCUCAAAUAGUGCGGAUAAGUUACGACUGUCCUUAAACGGAUUUGUGGAUGAUGACAGUGACAGUAGCGACGAUGAUGAUGAUAAAACGGUUGUGAUGGAAGAGGAGCUAUUUAUAGGUGACCUUGAUGAUGACCCAGAGGAGGACAUGUUUUCGGAGUUUUUUCACAAUGACGAGAGUUUCAUUGAGUUUGAGCGGGAGUUUCAGACAUUUAAGGUCAAGAGACGAUCUCGGGUGAUCGACAGAAUUAACCGUCAGUCAGGCUGUGAUAUUGUGUCGGAGCUACAAGCCAUCUGUGAUAGAGACCCCACCAAAAAGUAUGACGCCAUGUUGGAGGUGGGGGAGCAGAGACUGUGGAACUCGGGCGGGGAGUGGGACUAUAUAUUCAGUCAUCUGAACAAGAACAAGUCCUCCUCAGUGUCGAACAUAUCAGGGACUUAUGGGAGUUGUUCAAGUCUGGAUACAGUUCACACGCUCUCGGAAUGUGACACCGGAUUUUACUCCGAGGAGCAGAGUGUAGUGAACGGUUCACAAAGUCAUUCGGAUUGUAAUAGGUGUUUAGGUUCUUGUAGUGAUAUUUCAAACCGUGUUCACAACUGCUCACAGCCUAGUGAUUUGAACAAUGUGCCAAAGUGUUCAUGCUCAGAACCCUGUGUUCAAUCCUCUAGUCAUGAUUGUCAUUUUACCAGCCAUCAGAAGUGUGCCCAGUUUGUGCGACUCCCCUGUAAGAGUUCCCCUGACGGCACUCCUCUAGAGGACUCCUCCCACGAUCUGCUAGGACCGGGCGAUGUCUCGGUGGCAACACACGGCGCCACCUGUGAGGCACCCUCAGAGACGACCACUGAGAAGGAUGAGACAGACAGUGGGUAUAGGUCAGGAACCAUUCCUGACGACAAGUUACCACGGAAACCCAGUCAAGCCACGCUCAAUAGGGAGGAGUUAAAGAAAAAACUAGAGGAGUACAACUCACUGGUACCGGGGGCCGAAUUUAUACUGAACACAGAGAAGGAGGAGACGUUCCAAGGUUUCAUCAAGGUGACCUUGAACUUGGUGCGACCCAUCUGUAUGUCCCUGGGGGCACGCCCUCCUUCUAUAUAUGAACUCCUGACCAAGGAACACAUCGUGGAGCAGAACACACAGACCAUCUCAUUCUACAUGCCCCGGGACACGGUCAAGUCAAUCCACAUCAACAGUGACGAGACAACCAAAGAUGUCAUCUCUAUGUUGCUAAAGAAGUUCCAUAUUUUGGACAAUCCCAGGAAGUUUGCCCUGUAUGAACAGGAGCUGAAUGAGAAAGGCAAAAUAGCCAAACUCCGGCGGAUCCCAGAAGUGGAGUAUCCACUCCACGUGUCCCUACACUGGGAGCCCGACAAAGUGGACAGGACGCGGUUCGUUCUCCAGGAAAACGAGAACGGAGAAAUCGAUUGGGAAGCGUUCAGUUUGCCGGAGUUGAACAACUUCAUGCGCGUGUUGGAUCGGGAGGAGAGUGAGUACAUGACGGAACUGAAGCACAAGUACAAGUUCAUGAAGAAGAUCGUCCAGACGAGACUCAAGGAGCUGCGCAUAGAGCGACAGCAGGCGGCCGGCAAAAAGCGGGACUCGUACAUCCAACCAGCGGGGCCUGAUCAUCCGCUGGCCCAGUCCUCCUGAUGGAUAACCGACGGUUGUGAUGAUGAUGCCUCCCGCGAGGAUGUGGUGCUCUUGUCAUGUGAUAUAAAAUUGUCCAAUCAGAGAGCCUCAUCACAUUCAGUGCGGAACACAUUGAAAGUCAAUCAAAAAACAUGAGGCUCUCUAAUGCAUUGGAUUCAGUUUGUUACAUACCUCGGAUGUGGAUUUAGUGAUGUUGGAUUUUUCGUGUUGCUGUGGUGUCCCUAUACAUUGGGCAGCCAUUCCCCAGAAUGAGUCUGCUCAGAGGAACCUUAAUGUUGAUAUGGACCGAAAUGGAGACAGAUAAUUCCAUCUCACAAUGGCUGACAAAGCCGCGUGUAUAGUGUGUUUUAUACAUAUUGAUAUAUUAUUAUUAUUUAAUGGCAUGCAUAUGGACUAAUCAUGUCUGAGAAAAAAAAGUCUAUAUUCUGCAUAGAUGUCAGAGAACAGUGCACUGUACAUGUGUCGAUAUAAUACGUAUACUCAUCAUUGUAAAGACCAGUCCUUAUUUAUUCACUGUCUCAUCUCUCUAUCUCAUCUCUCCAUCUUCUGUGUGUAGAUGGUUUGUAGGGCUAUCACAUUAAGACUAGAUGCUUGAUGCUGAGUUUAUGACAGUAUUACAUGGCCUAGUGUAGUGUGGAUGAUCAGUUAUUUAUUAUACACUGUAUAGACAUGGGUCUGUGCUGUGUGCUAGGAAUUCUCUCUGAAACAUUGGGAAAACAUGUCUGAUGCUGUUGGACAAAGGGGGACAACUACAUGUAAUGUAUUAAUGAUAUUAUUUCAGGGUACUGAGGAAUCUUUCAAAUACUAAUCUAAUGCAAAUAGUUAUGUAACUUAAUCAUUUCAAUAAGGCACCCUGGGCAAUUAAGGGAUUAUAAUUAUAAAAUAAGUACUUGGUAUAUAUAUCUAAAGUGUACAGUACUGUACAUUCCAAAAAUGUACAGGCUGAUGAAUAGUGAUACAGUAGUUCUCUUUUUUUUUGAGGGAGGGGGUUCAUUUUCUGACAAAUAAAAAAAAAAGCUCAGGGGGUUGUUAAGAAGGUUUUGGGUGUUCAAUUGGGGGGGGGGGGGGGGGGCACUAGUACACAAGUGUAUUUGUUUUGUUAUGUUGGUUAUUAUCUCACUACCCUGGGCACCCAUUCCUCAUGUAUAGCACAAUCAAGUCCAUAAUCGGCAGCUCUAUGGUCUCCAUGCAGACAUCUGAUGAAUGUCUCCACAUAUGAUGAAGACUGUAUUGUUAAGUACCCCCUCUAAAACAAGUGUUUAACCGUCUGGCACUGACUGGAAUACCAUUGCUGUUAGUGUGUAAUACUAAUAGGUGUUGGCAUCAAGUUGAACAAGGGCUGGUCAAUUUCUGAGAGAAAAAUGAAAGUAGGUAUAAUUUGCGGCAGUGCAAGCAAUAGGAUCUCUCCAUACACUAGCACAGUAAAAGUUAAGCAUAAUAUUCAGAGCAGAUAAAAUCUGUAAUAUCCUUCCAUCACCCAUCGUGUUCAGCAGCAUCUAAUGCCCAACGGUCUGGUUAAAUGUUACUCUCUGUAAAAGUAUAAGGAUCUACACACCGGUAUUAAUCAUUGUAAAUCACCCAUCUAUAUAACACACCUUAUGUUGUUAAUUUAUAUAGAAAUUUUCUUUUUAAUGAGCCCUACAUGCAAUUGAAAAAGAUGUACAUUACAUGUCUGUGGAGACAAGAAAAGAUUCUAUUGAUGCAGUCAUACUGUAAUAGGAUAAUACCAGGGGGAAAUUACACCGCCAAAUUGUUGGUUUAUUUAUACCUUAACAGUUUGUUUAGACAGACAAUUUUUAACUAGCAAAGUAAAGUCCCAUAUGCAUACCACAUUAUUGAUAAUGUUCAUCUGUUUAAGUCGCACGUUAAAAUUUUAACCAAGUGCCUUUCCACAUGUACUGCCGGUCAGAACAGUGUUAGCUAACGUAGGACACUGUCCUUGUGUGAAGAACUCUGGUUCACCGUUUAUUUUAUCUCUUAUGUUUACAUUUUUACUUUCUGUUGGACAAAUGUUGUCUACAAUAUCACCAUGGUAACAGACACGGGGUAAACUUGUUUUGCUGACAUCAGCAUAAACAACGGAGGCAGUAGAUGCCUUGUAUUAUAUAUAUAUAGUUAUGAUAUAUAACGAAUGGAAUGUUUGUUAUCACAUCCAACAUAUAGAACAGGUGGCUGAUAAAGAAUAGACUGUAAAAAUGUACUUAAAACAUGGACUAUAAAUAAAUCAGUGGGCUGGGGGUAUCCAAACCCUGCAUAGUGCUAUAUGCCUUUCAUCUACCAGUUAAACAAUAGAAUUGCAACCCCCUCCCCUUCCAUUCAUUUAAACAGGGACUGUAAAUAGUGUGGGCGGGAUGAUUGGAUCUCUAUGUACUACAUGUACUAUAGGCCCUUGAUUCCACCGACCCUGUGGUUCACCUCCCACCCUGCCUAUUUAUUUUAAUUCACUCAGCUGCCUUUUAUAACACGCCCUAUGAUAUCUAGACCAUGCCGUGUGUAUUCACCUUUGAUAUUUCAUCACCUGGUAUUGUCAUGUGCAGGGAGCCCUAUUUUGGUUUCUGCAGAAUUUUUUUUAUGUGAGCUGUUACACAUAUUCAUUUGUAUAUAUAUAUAUAUAUUCAUUAUUUAGAACAUUGAAUUUGAGACCAUGAUAUGUACUGUUUCUUAUUUUUUGUGUGGUUUUUUUUUUAACAAAAUCAAAUUUUUGGGUGGUUUAGAGGUAGAACAUUAUUGGUCAUCAGAAAAAGGAAAAAAAGCCAUGUAUAUAUGGAUUAUAUAUUAUUAUAAAGUAUCUAUUAGGUAUUAGUUUCAAUCAUGUCAUUUAUAUAUAAACAGGAAAAAUUACACCUUAAAAAUAUUCAUUGUGUAUUAAGAAAUGCUGUAUUAUAUGUGGCAUUGUUUCUGAUCUCUAAUUAAAAAGUAUUCUUUCUGUAACUUUGAUGGUUGACAUGUAUAAUAAUAGAAUGAUUGUGUUGAUACAUCAUUUUUAAUUAUCAUGUAUCUUUAUAAUUAUGUUUUGAGUGUUGAGUUUUUAUAACCAGGGAAAAAUCAAUUGUUAAGGAUUUGAUUGAAUCACACAAUGACCUUGACAUGGCCUUGAAAGGUCGUGACCUUGUAUCAUCUUCAAAGUAACUACAGCUUUACAGAACUUUGUUACAAUUCUUGUUGAUUCUGUGUACCAUACAUACAAAAAGCAAACAAAAACAAUAAAACUAAAUCCAAUA